AUGGGGGACCCACAAACUCUGAGUGUAAUCAUCAAAGAGUCCCAGAUGGGACCCUUGCAAUCAGAGCAGAAGCCCCCACUGCUGAUGGAGGUGCAAGUGAAGGUGCAGAGCCCGGGGUUGCAGGGAACCAUCCACGGCCCGAAUGGAACUCUGCAGGAGAUGCGAGCCAUGGAGGCAAGAAUGUCUGCCAUGGAAAACGAUCUGGUAGCUGUUAUUGGGGGACCGAGCUCUAAUGAAUUCCUGGACAUGUCAGCCAUCCUGACCAACUACAAAAUUGCACAAACACAGCCACUUUCCUUGUGUAAUGUGAAAUGCCACUCAGGUUUCAGAAAGAGCAAGAAAGAGAACAAACCCUUUUGCUGCUAUGAUUGUACUCCAUGUUCGGAAGGGAAGAUCUCAAACCAGUCGGACAUGGAUGACUGUUUCCAUUGCCCAGUUGAUAAGUAUCCAAAUAAAGAUCAUGACUCAUGCAUUCCCAAACACGUAAGUUACCUAUCUUAUGAAGAAACACUGGGUAUCAGCUUGACUGGAGUGGCUCUUGUGCUGUCCUUCAUCACAAUUUCUGUGCUAGGAAUCUUCAGGAAGUACCAGGACACUCCCAUUGUCAAGGCCAACAACCGCAGCCUCUCCUACACCCUCCUCAUUUCCCUCCUCCUAUCCUUCCUUUGUUCCCUGCUUUUCAUUGGUCGACCCAUGAAGGUGACCUGUCUCCUUCGACAGAUUGCUUUCGGGAUUAUCUUCUCAGUGGCGGUUUCUUGUAUGUUGGCCAAAACCAUCACUGUGGUCCUGGCUUUCAUGGCCACCAAGCCAGGAUCAAGGAUGAGGACAUGGGUUGGGAAAAGACUGGCCCUUUCCAUUGUGCUCUCCUGCUCCCUUAUUCAAACUCUUCUCUGUGUAGUCUGGCUUUCCACCUUUCCUCCCUUCCCAAAUGUUGACCUGAACUCUCUAAACAUUGAAACCAUUUUGGAAUGCAAUGAAGGAUCUGUUGCAAUGUUUUAUUGCAUCUUGUGCUUCAUGGGCUUUCUGGCUGUUGUUAGUUUUCUUGUAGCUUUCCUAGCCAGGAAACUGCCAGAUACUUUCCAGGAAACCAAAUCCAUCACGUUCAGCAUGCUUGUCUUUUGCAGUGUCUGGUUGUCCUUUGUUCCUGCCUACCUGAGCAGCAAAGGAAAAUAUAUGGUAGCUGUGGAGAUCUUUGCCAUCUUAGCCUCCAGUGGGGGGCUAUUAGUUUGUGUCUUUUCCCCCAAAUGUUAUAUAAUUUUGCUGAGGCCUGAUCUGAAUAGAAAGGAACAUCUGAUAAAAAGAAUCAGUUAA